UGGUUACAUUUUCUACUUCUCUGAGGCACAUUAUCUGCAUGCAGUAACAUGGGAAAACACAUUUUGUCAUGAAGCUCUCCACUCAUUUACAUCAUGGGGAAGCUGAAACGGUUACAGAUCGCUUUCGAUGGGGAUGUUGUGGAGUAUUCUCCUGGAGAUUUUAUCCGUGGUCAAGCAAUAAUGGAGAUCGAUCCCACAAAGGACGGGAAAGGGUUCGAGGAUAUUAACGGAAUAUGGAUGUGGUUUCGAGGAGGGGCAAAAACAGAAUUCGUGCCCAAAAACGACAGCGAAAAUGUGGCCGCAUCUGAGGAAUGUUAUUUCAGUGACACUCUCGCCGUAUUUGGGACAGGACAGCACGGACGAUUCCCUGUGGAUCGGACUCUGCUACCGGGCAGACAUGUCUUCCCAUUUGAAUUUCAGAUUCCUAAUAACCAAGGUUUACCGCAAUCUUUCGAAGGAAAAAGCGGGCAUGUUCGGUACUUCGCCAAGCUGGUUGUGAGUCGCAACAAGACGUUCUACGACAAGUUAAACAAGGAGGAGAAGCGGUUCAGAUUGAAGAGACCAACGGUAGAUCUGAGUCUCAAGCGACGCGCUGAGGUAGCUGUACAUAGGGACACCACAGUUGCAACUUGCUGUGGGUGUAGUGAUGAUGUGGAAUCUAUCAUUUCUCUGGGUUUACCGAGACAAGGAUUCCUUCCUGGGGAAACCAUCUACGUCAUCGGUCACGUGGAUAAUCACACUGCUAAUGAGAACAUCAGAUUUCGAGCGACGUUUAUGCAGAAAAUAACUUACAAGGCCCGCCGAUACCAGAUCUCGACACAAAAAGUCACCUUAUCGGAACAAGCUAGCCAAAUUGGUUGCCCAAAAGGACGCAUUACCGAGUUUACUUUGGGGCCGCUGCUCAUACCACCUGAUGUACCGGUAUCUGAUCUACCUGGGUGUAACUUGAUUGAUAUCGACUACUCUGUCAAGUGUUACACAACUGGUUGCAAAGAGGUGUUCCCUGUUAUGAUUGGUACGGUCCGUAGUGCAGCAGCGCACCCUCCUGUUAUAUCGACUGCACCACCGCUCAACGCUAUGGGGGAUUAUGGCAGAUGGCAAACGCAAACAGCACGUGAGAACGAAUACGUGAACGACUGUCCACCGCCAAGCUACGAAGAGACAGUGUUCCACACACUCGCGAUACCGCGUCUCAUCUCAACCAAUGUCCAGAGAAUCCGCCUAAUAUUAAUCUCACAGUCAAUCAUCUGAGUACAGUAACCACAAUGUAAUAUUACUUAAAUUCACGUUUAAUAAUCUGACAGAAUGCAAUGCUGGACUCGCGCUAAUCUUCAAGGGAAUGUGGCUACAACCAA